UUGGAAAGCCUGGGCGGGAAAUUAUUUUUGAAGUGGGAUGAAGUCUGCAUUUCCUAUAACGAUGUUCCCUAUUCCAGUUUCUUUCCAGAAAGCGGAGAUAGUGUUUUAAAGUAGGGGGCGACCUUUCGGGGCCUAACCCCCGUUCACGGGGAACGGGGGAAUUAGGGUUCCUGGAACAGGGACUGGAGUCCCCCGCAAGCCUCUUCUCUGGGAAGCCAUCUCUGCGUGGACGGGGGUAAGAUCCUUUUUUAAAACAUCAAAAUAAAAUUCACGUAUACUUUCCCCGUUUGACAAACAUCUAUCUUCCCGUAUAGUUUUUCUGUUUUUCCCUUCCAACCUUUCUAUAAAAAUUGUUUUUCACAAAAAAAUUUUUUUUCUAUAUUUUCGUCACACCUCCAUUUCAUCGAACAACCAACCCUUCUUUUACAUAGGUUUUCUUGUGUACUAGUAAUAAACAAACAUCUCUACUAGUUUUCUUCUCCCAGACAAAAAAUAAUAAAUAAAUUUAAAAAAGGUGGAAGUAGCAGUGAUGACAACAAUAAAAGAAAAACAAAAACAACAACAGAUGGGGGGUUAGAAGGAAGCAGUCAUCACCUCCCCCAUCACAAUUAUAGUGAACAUCACACUGACCGUUUAAACACAAAUUUGGUUGUUGUAGGUCAGCAGGGCCCGGCACUGCCGCCUUCAAUGAAAAAAGUCUUUUUGGAAGAAAAUGAAAUGAAUAAAAUAACAACAAAUUCAAUGUCCGAUCAAACACGUACAAUAACCAGUCGAACACCCAAAGAUUUUUUCUUUAUUAAUGUUUUGGGUGAAGGAAGUUUUUCUACGGUUUAUUAUUCAAAAGAAGUAGAUACGGGGGAUGAAUAUGCAAUAAAAGUUUUGCUCAAAAGUGAAAUUCGUCGUGAGGGACGUGCUCGUUAUGUGCUUAGAGAAAAGGAUAUAAUGGCUUUGUUGACUUAUUUUUAUGGUGGACAUCCCUUCAUUAUUCGUCUUUAUUGUACAUUCCAAGACAAUGACCGCCUUUAUUUUGCUCUAGCCUAUGCAAAACACGGAGAAUUAUUAGAUUGGUUAAGACGUUUAGGCUCUUUUGACGAAGAGGCAACUCUAUUUUACGCUUCAGAAAUUCUCUGUGCUCUAGAAUUUUUGCAUAAAUGCAAAAUUAUUCACAGAGAUUUAAAACCCGAAAAUAUUUUGGUUGGGAAAGAUUGGCAUAUUAUGCUGUCUGAUUUUGGAACUUCCAAAAUAAUUAAUUCUGAACAGACAAAUAAAGAACAAUUACCCCAACAAAUUUUGGAUGAUGUAACAACAACCUUACCCCCACCACCAACUUCCUCCCCCAACAAAAAUAGUGGAGGUGUCAGAAGUUCUUUUGUCGGUACAGCACAUUAUAUAAGUCCGGAAGUUCUCAAAUCUGAAGAUGUUGGGUCUGAGUGUGAUUAUUGGGCAUUGGGGGCUAUUAUCUUUCAAAUGAUUUCUGGACAGCCGCCUUUUCGAGCAGUAAAUGAAUACAAAAUUUUGAAGAAAAUUCUUGGAUUAGAUUUUCACUUCCCAGAAGGUUUCCCUUCUAUUGCAAAACAAUUAGUUAGUGGAUUACUUGUUUAUAAACCAAGUGAACGUCUUGGAAGUGCUGCUAAUGGAGGAAUAGAGGCACUAAAAAGACACGAAUUUUUUAAGAAUGUCAAUUGGGAAAAUAUUUUUACAAGAAAACCGCCAGAAUUAAAACCUUAUUUGCCUGCUAGUUGUGGAGAACCAGCAUUUUAUAGUGAUUAUAACCCUUUAUCUGGAAAUAUUGAGCCUGGAUUGAAUGAAGCAGCGCUUUAUAGAUUAAUGGGGUUGGGGCCUUCUGUUGGAGGCGGGGGUGGUGGAUGUACUUCACUUAGAGGAUUUAUGGAUUUUGAUUGUAUUGAAGAUUUUUUACCCUCAACAUGCUCAAUCCCUCCAAGCGCCUCCGCCUCUUCUUCCUGUUCUUCUUUUAGCUCAACCCCAACAACUUCCUCUUUCCAAACUUCAACAGAUUUAAACGACACAACAAAUUUAUUAUUAUUUUCGAAUUUAACAGAAGAAGAAAGGGAAAGGAGGAGAAAAUGUCAACUUGAACGUCAAAAACAAGAACAUAAAUAUCACCAAUUUGUCCAAAAUAAUUUAAUAUUAAAAUGUGGAUUAAUUGAUAAAAAGAAGGGACUUUUUGCUAGAAGAAGAAUGUUUCUUCUUACAGAGGGCCCCCAUUUAUUUUAUGUUGAUCCAGUUUCAAUGCAUUUAAAGGGGGAAGUCCCUUUUUCGGCUCAAAUGAGGACUGAAGCGAAGAAUUUUAGAACUUUUUUUGUUCAUACGCCAAAAAGGACAUAUUAUCUAUUCGAUCCAGAACGGCAUGCAAAGGAUUGGUGUGAUGCUAUUGACUGGGCUCGUGAACAACACUUCUCUUCUUUAAACAAAUCAAAAGACAAAGUUUCAACAAAAACAAUUGGACAAACUUGUGACAAUCAAGGGGGAGGAAAUAUUCAAAAUAUCAGCAGCGUUACUAAACUUUUUUCUGGAAGAACCAAAAGCCCUUCUUCGGGUGUUGAAUAA